CCAUGUAUAUCAUCUUCCUCUUUCACAUUCUUGAUGAUGACUUGAAAAUGUUGAAAUCACCUUUUUUGUACUUUCCUAUAGCAUGAGCAGCAUUCUCAUGUUAACGAAUAGCUCAUAAUGUGAAUUUUAGAAACUGCUAACAGUGUGCAGUUGCCAGUUUCCCAUAUUUAUGGAAUUAGUGUUGAGAUAACAGGGCUAAGAAAUCACUAUGUGAGUUUUAGCCUACAGGUAAUGCCUUAGUAUUACUUAGAGAAAAGAUUUGUCAUUUAUAUUUAAAAUAAAUGUUAAUGAAUGUUUGGAAGAAAAAAAAUCAGGGAUGGCUCUUUGCCAUGGGUCUCAUUUUGCCCACUUUUCUGUAAGAAAAAAUAAUGAUGUCUUAUGUAUUUUUUCAUUUGUAUUAUAUGGUUUGUAAGUAAUCCCAAUUUUAAUAAAGUUUUAUAGACUAUAUAGUGGUCUCUCUUAAUGAACUUACAGUCUUCUUGUUUGGAUUUGAUGUGUCUGCGUAAUCAGCAAUUUACUCCUCAGUGUUCAUACCAUUAGUUUCCCUUUGCUUUUUAACCAUCCUCCCCCAUCCUGAGUCUUUCUGCUUCCAUCAUUGUCACCCUUCCCAGGUGACAGAUCUCUAAGGGACAUUUUUUUUUUCAUUUUAGUUGUCAAUGGACCUCUAUUUAUUUAUAUGCGGUGCUGAGAAUUGAACCCAGUGCCUCGCACAUGGUAGGCAAGCAAGCGCUCUACCACUGAGUUACAAAGAACAUUCUUGUGUAAGUAGCAGGUUGUACUACUGUGCAGUCUCUUAAAAAAACAAAGUAAAGGUUACUCCUUGUCCAGAGAACUACUCUGUGCUUUAGUUCUUUAUUUAUAGUAUAAAGUAUCUCAUGUUUUUCCACUAGGAUUGUUGGGGAGACCUGUGGGUUCAGUGGAUCCAGCUAUGGGAUGCCUGCCAAGAGAUGUGUGAAUGGUGAAAGAAGACGCAGCGCUGUUGUAAUAGGGGCCAUGGAAUAAAAACUUCAAUUAUGUCUAGGCCCCCUUCUGUAGUAGGAGUCUGGGGUCUUCCGUUUUCUUUUUGGUAUUAUCUAUUUUCUUCAUUCUGAGAAUUCUUUAUGGCAUUUGUAUUAAUUCUGUACUUAUCUUCUCUCUUUUUCCUUAGACUACAUGGAAAUCCAUUGUCCAUAUUUUUUAAAAGAGAAAAUUGGCAAAAUAAGAAAAUAGGAUACAGACUAAAUUUAUGUAGAUGAAUGCACACUGAUGACACCCUUUCUCCUUUCCCUUCCAUACUAACUAGGUAACUAAGAGACAUAAGCGAUCAUUAAUGGUUUAGUUAAUAAAAAUUUGAAGCAUAAUUUCUAGAUGGCUACAUCACAGAGCUUUAGUGAAGAUAGAAAAAGACCAGGAUGCAUAAAGCAGCCCUUAAACUUUUGACAUGCAUAGGAAUCAUUUGGGGAAACUUAUUAAAAUGCAAAUUCUGAUUCACUAUGUUUGUCUGAAUUCACUAUGUUUAUCUGUGCCCCAAAUUCUGCAUUUCUAAUCAGGUUCUGGGUGGUCUAGAUGCUGCUGGUCUGUGGACCUCACUUUGUCUAGCAAGGAUGUUAAGUACUUGGAUUGAUGCCUGACACAAAACAAGUAUUACUAAUUGACAUCAGAUAACUUAUGAGAACCAAAAUAUUUUGCCAAUCAUAUCUUAAAACUUUAGGUAUUUUUAUUGCAUAACUACUACCAAAUAUUUUGCCCAUCAUAUCUUAAAACUUAAGGUAUUUUUAUUGUAUAACAUCUUUGAAAAAGUUUAUAUCUCAGAAUUAUUGAGUGAAUUGGUUUAAAUCAGAUUGCUGCCCUUCCAGCUUUAUUAGAAAUCCACAAGAUAGGGUUUGGAAUUGUUUCUUCUUUGUUUGCUUUUUAUUUUUUAUUUUUUGCCAGCUUUAUUGAAGUAUAAUUUAUUAUAUAAUAAAAUUUAUCUGUUUCAGAUAUGGUUUUGCUGAAUUUUGACAGGGUCAGUUGUAUAACAACUACCACAAUCAUGAUAUAGAAUGUUCCACCACUCCAAAAAGUUUCCUCAUGCCUAUUACAUGGAUCAGACCUUUUUUCCCCUGGUGCUAGGAGAACCUAGGGCCUACCAAAUGCUAAGGGAGUACUCUACCAAAGAGCUAUUCCAGAUUGGACAUUUUAAUGGGGCAAAGUAGGGUGGUUUAGGACUCAGUAGAAGAAUAAGCUAAUAAGUUCCAUUUGCUUCAGUUUUGUCUAGAAAGAGAUUACAAUGCUAUAUCCCUCUGUACCUCCUACCUUAGGACGUGUUUUGAUAGAUGAAUAGAUCUUGAAAUCCCUGCAGACUUGGGUGUGUUUCUUUGUACCUUGCUAAUUUAGGGUGACCUACAUGUUCCAUUUUACCCAGGACUUUGAUACCCAAAUUCAUACCUCCAGGUGGGUGGGACCUAUCAUGUUUCCUAGGCAGACUAGCAUACUUGGUUGCUAUGGCUGUGGUGUUCAUACCAUUGUUUUAAAACCCAAGGUUGCCAUUUCAUUUUAUAGUCACUUCUCUCCUAAGAUCACAUAGUAAACACUCAAAUAAAUGAAUGGGUAGUACACAGUUACAUCCCAAGUGACUGUAGAUUCCUGGCCAAGAGAACAUGAGAUCUGGGUUUAGUACUUGGUCAGAUUUGCAGUGGUGUGGCUCUGGAAAAAUAAUUUUCUCACUCUAGGUUUGUUUCCUCCACUAAAAAAUGGGAUCUUUAGUCACUUCUGCCUCCGAUCCUGUGGUAAUGCUCCACUUUAACAGCGAUAAUGUUUUUAACUCACUUCCACUCAGCUUUCUCUUUCUUUUUUCCUUGCUUUUCCCCCACUUCAAGUAGAUACAGUGGAUCAAUAAAUUAUGUAAGGGCAGGUUGAUAAUGGAACUGCUGAUGGCCCAGGCUUCUGCAGAGUGUGUCUGUGAGAGCAAUAGAAUUUGGACCUUGAACCAAGUAGCCAUGGCUGGGAGUUGGAGAAUCAAGUCUCUAUCUUUAGUUAAGUGUGUGUAAUUACCCAAUUUGCUCUUUGUGCAUGCCUGGGAGAGAGGAUGGCAAGCAGAAGAGGCCUGCUGUUUAGGAAUUUUCUGGUAGAUGAGAGGGUGCUUGGGAAACUGGGUUUGAUAGGCUUUUUAUCUAUCAGAGGGAGCUACUUUCUGCUAGGCUAAUGCGCAGGAAACACCAUCUCAGAGUCUUAUUCAGUUCCUAGAUCUGAAGAAGGAUUAAAAUUACAAACAUCAUGGGCUGGGGCUGCAGCUCAGUGGCAGAGCACUUGCCUAGCAUAUAUGAGGAACUGGGUUUGAUCCUUAGCACCACAUGAAAAUAAACAAAGGCAUUCUGUCCAUCUACAAAUAAAAAAAAAAAUCACAAACAUCAGAUGUGAACUACACUUUGGGAUAGAUUUAGGACGGUGCAUUCUGUUCCUGGAUCUGACAUGUGUAACUGUGGACUAAUAUUUCUGAGCUCCGUGUUUGCCUUUUGAAUGGAGAGUCUGCAUUGCCUUAUCAUAGGGUGGGGCUACGCAGAAGAGAUAGUCGGGAGUUCAGUGAAACUGUGAUGUCCACACAAAUGUGAGAUAUUACUACUGUGAAUUAUAAUAUUUGAAUCUUUUCUUUGUGACGAGUUCUGAUUCACAGGCAGAGGAAACUAGAGAAAGAUUUGGGAAUUUUGUCUGCUUAACUCCCCAAAUAAUAUCAUGAAUAACCUAUGACUCCCUCCCUAUAAAAUAGGAAAGGGAGGCUGGAGGGAAGUACUUUCUUUGCUAGGAAGAUAUUCCAGCCUGCCUUCCUCCUUGGCACAAUUCCUGACUUCUCCUUGGAAAACCUUUCCCUUGACUAUGAAUUUCAUUUUUCCUACUUUCACUUCCAAAUUUUGGAGACAGAGGAUGGAGCAAGAACUCUCAAUGAAAUCCAGCCAGGUGAGACUGAGCAUGGCAGACCUGCAAGGGUUAAGUGAGCCACACCCUAAGCAGGAAAAGCCUCGGACUUUGUGCUGAGCAGCCAUCUCUCCCAGCCCCUCCUGGCUUGACUGGCAUAGGGAACCUGGACUAAAGGAAGCAGCACAAAGGAAGGUCAGAAGAGUGGACAUUAGAAAAAGAUCAACCACUUUCCUGGCUUUCUGACACCAUGGACAGCUCCUGUUAAUUGAGAUACCUCUCCACCCUUGGCACCUGGGACUCCUGCCUGCUUCUUGUCAAAUUGGGGUUUCAUUCACCAUUCUCCAAGGGACGCUGAAUUACACCAGUGUGGAUCCACAGCUCCUCCGGACAUGCCUAUCCUAGAAGGUACCAUUGGCGUGGAGGACCUUGUCCUCCUGGAACCCCUGGAGGAGGAGUCUCUGCUCAAGAACCUUCAGCUUCGUUAUGAGAACAAGGAGAUUUAUACCUACAUUGGGAACGUGGUGAUCUCAGUGAACCCCUACCAACAGCUGCCCAUCUAUGGCCCGGAGUUCAUUGCCAAGUACCAGGACUAUACCUUCUAUGAGUUAAAGCCCCAUAUCUAUGCUUUGGCAAAUGUGGCAUACCAAUCACUGAGGGACCGGGACCUAGACCAGUGUAUCCUCAUCACAGGCGAGAGUGGAGCUGGGAAGACUGAGGCUAGCAAGCUAGUGAUGUCUUAUGUGGCUGCCGUCUGUGGGAAAGGGGAGCAAGUGAACUCUGUGAAGGAACAGCUACUUCAGUCAAACCCAGUGCUGGAGGCAUUUGGCAAUGCCAAGACCAUUCGCAACAACAACUCCUCUCGAUUUGGAAAAUACAUGGAUAUUGAGUUUGACUUCAAAGGAUCUCCUCUUGGCGGCGUCAUCACAAACUAUCUGCUUGAGAAAUCCCGAGUGGUGAAGCAGCUCAAAGGGGAAAGGAACUUCCACAUUUUCUAUCAGCUGCUGGCUGGAGCAGAUGCACAACUGUUGAAGGCCCUGAAGCUCGAGCGGGAUACAAGUGCCUAUACCUAUCUGAAUAAGGAAGUGUCCACAGUGGGUGGCAUGGAUGAUGCCUCCAACUUCCAAGAUGUACAGAGUGCAAUGACAGUGAUUGGGUUCUCAGAGGAGGAAAUUCGACAAGUGCUAGAGGUGACAGCCCUGGUCCUGAAGCUGGGAAAUGUGGAACUGACUGAUGAAUUCCAGGCCAGUGGAAUCCCAGCAAGUGGCAUUCGUGAUGGGAAAGGUGUUCAGGAGAUUGGGGAGAUGGUGGGUUUGAAUUCUGAGGAACUUGAGAGAGCUUUGUGCUCAAGGACCAUGGAAACAGCCAAGGAAAAGGUGGUCACCGUACUGAAUGUCAUCCAGGCUCAGUAUGCUCGUGAUGCUCUGGCUAAGAACAUCUAUAGCCGCCUCUUCAACUGGAUAGUGAAUCGAAUCAAUGAGAGCAUCAAAGUAGGCAUUGGAGAGAAGAAGAAGGUAAUGGGGGUCCUGGAUAUCUACGGUUUUGAGAUAUUAGAGGAUAAUAGCUUUGAGCAAUUUGUGAUCAACUACUGCAAUGAGAAGCUGCAGCAGGUAUUCAUAGAAUUGACCCUGAAGGAGGAGCAAGAGGAAUAUAAGAGAGAGGGUAUACCAUGGACAAAGGUGGAAUAUUUUGAUAAUGGCAUCAUCUGUAACCUCAUUGAACAUAAUCAACGAGGCAUCCUGGCCAUGCUGGAUGAGGAGUGCCUGCGGCCUGGGGUGGUCAGUGACUCUACUUUCCUAGCGAAGCUGAACCAGCUCUUCUGCAACCACAGUCACUACGAGAGCAAAGUCACCCAGAAUGCCCAGCGCCUGUAUGACCACAACAUGGGUCUCAGCUGCUUUCGCAUCUGCCACUAUGCGGGCAAGGUAAUGUACAAUGUGACCAGCUUCAUUGACAAGAAUAAUGACCUACUCUUCCGAGACUUGUCCCAGGCCAUGUGGAAGGCCCAGCACCCUCUCCUUCGGUCCUUGUUCCCUGAGGGCAAUCCCAAACAGGCAUCCCUCAAACGCCCCCCAACUGCUGGGUCCCAGUUCAAGAAUUCUGUGGCAAUUCUCAUGAAGAACCUGUAUUCCAAGAACCCCAAUUACAUCAGGUGCAUAAAGCCCAAUGAGCAUCAGCAGCAAGGUCGGUUCUCCUCAGAGCUGGUGGCAGUGCAGGCACGGUACCUGGGACUGCUGGAGAAUGUGCGGGUGCGAAGGGCAGGCUAUGCCUACCGGCAGGGCUACAAGUCUUUCCUGGAAAGGUACCGACUGCUGAGCCGGAGCACCUGGCCUCACUGGAAUGGAGGAGACAGGGAGGGAGUUGAGAAGUUGCUGGGGGAGUUGAGCAUGUCGUCAGAGGAGCUGGCCUUUGGGAACACAAAGAUUUUCAUCAGAAGCCCCAAGACUCUUUUCUAUCUGGAAGAGCAGAGGCGCCUGAGGCUCCAGCAGCUGGCCACCCUCAUACAGAAGACUUACCGGGGUUGGCGCUGCCGAACCCACUACCAGCUGAUGCGGAAGAGUCAGAUCCUCAUAUCAGCUUGGUUUCGGGGCAACAAGCAAAAGAAACACUAUGGGAGGAUGAAGGCAUCAGCUUUGUUGAUCCAGGCUUUCGUGAGAGGGUGGAAGGCUCGCAAGAAUUAUCGAAAAUACUUCCGGUCAGGAGCUGCCCUCACCUUGUCAAAUUUCAUCUAUAAGAGCAUAGCACAGAAAUUCCUGCUGGGCCUGAAGAACAAUUUGCCAUCUACCAAGGUCUUGGACAACACAUGGCCAGCGGCCCCCUACAAGUGCUUCAACAGGGCUAAUGAGGAGCUGCAUCAGCUCUUCCACCAAUGGAAGUGCAAGAAGUUCCGCGAUCAGCUGUCCCCCAAGCAGGUGCAGAUGCUGAGGGAGAAGCUCUGUGCCAGCCAACUGUUCAAGGGCAAGAAGGCCUCCUACCCCCAGAGUGUCCCCAUUCCAUUCCGUGGUGACUACAUUGGGCUGCAAAGUAACCCCAAGCUGCAGAAGCUGAAGGGCAGGGAGGAAGACCCGAUUCUGAUGGCAGAGACUGUGAAGAAGGUCAACCGUGGCAAUGGCAAGACUUCUGCCCGGAUUCUCCUCCUAACCAGGGGGCAUGUGAUUCUCACAGACACCAAGAAGUCCCAGGCCAAAACUGUCAUUGGGCUGGACAGUGUGGCUGGGGUGUCAGUCACGAGCCUCCAGGAUGGACUCUUUGGUUUGCAUCUGAAUGAGAUGUCACCAGUGGGAUCCAAGGGUGACUUUCUGUUGGUCAGUGACCAUGUGAUAGAACUGCUGACAAAAAUGUACCAGGCUGUGCUGGAUGCCACGCAGAGGCAGCUUUCUGUCACUGUGACUGAGAGGUUCUCAUUGAGGUUCAAGGAGAGCAGUGUGGCUGUCAAGGUCAUCCAGGGCCCUGGGCGUGGUGAAAAGAGCAAGCUUAUUUGCAAGAAGAAGGGGAGUGACGGCCUGGAGGUGACUGUGUAGUGAGGACAGGCUCCCGCAGAGACACAGCUUCUUUCUCUGGGAGCAGCACUAACUCCCUCGGCCUACCUCUGUGGGGCAUCUUGUGUCUAGCCCCUCUGAUCAUGAGGUGGGCCUUGGAGACAGAAGGACUCUUGAAGAGGACUUUCCCAACCCUUUCAGAGCUCUCCUCUAAACAUUGCUCCCUCCUGCCCUGAGCCUCUAUGCCCACUAAUAAAAUGUGGUUCAAAAAGGUUUA